AUGUUGACUUCCACCACCCUCCUCACCUGGCUGUCGGUCUGCGCUCUUGCGGUCGCGCAGGAGGGGACAACUGGCAAGCUCGGCGAUGCCCCCAAAGUGACCGAGAAUCCCGCGGCCGCGUACGAGGUGAAGCUCGAAGCGGGCGACAUCAAGGGAUGGGCCAAGGCGUCCUCGGAGGCCGGGAAGCCAGUCUCGUUUGAGAUCGAGAUCGAGGGUCUGCCGGCGGACAAGGGGCCUUUCAAGUACCACAUCCACCAGGCCGCCGUCCCCUCGGACGGUAACUGCACUGGCACCGGCGCCCACCUGGACCCGUACGAGCGGACCCAGGUACCGGACUGCGACACCCCGCACCCGGAGACCUGCGAGGUUGGCGAUCUCUCGGGCAAGCACGGCCUUAUCAAGGAGGCAAAGGCAUCGCUGAGCUUCGACGAUGCGUACACGUCCCUCAACUCGAGCAACGUUGCCUUCUUCGGCGACCUCAGCUUUGUCAUCCACGAUGCCAGUGGAGGCCGCAUCCUUUGCUCCAACUGGACCCUGGUCGAGCCGGCGACGGGUGGCGACGGAGAUGGAGACGAUGAUGCGUGCGACGAAUGAGAGAUCCGGCAGGGAAAAAAAAGUUGUCGAAGAUAUAGCAGCAUUCUGUUCGUUGUAAAUAAGUUCUCAGCUUAAGCAAAUGUGCACUUAGGUUGCCUGUCAACUCGACUCUGCUUCUCUGUUAGGCGUGUGCGUCGUACUAGCUCAUGCAUUUUGUCACUGCCGAUUCGGU